AUGGUGUUUUGGGAGGGUUAUUUGAGUGACGAAGCGAUGGGGAUAAUUGCCCCGGUAGUCGUGUAUUGGUUAUAUGCUGGAUUUUAUCACCUAUUACCUCCAUUAGAUCAUUAUCGUUUGCAUACAAGAAAAGAGAAAGACGCAAAAAACGUAGUUCCACUUCCUACUGUGAUUAAAGGCGUUCUAUUACAACAGUCUAUUCAAGCUACCGUGGCAUAUUCAUUGUUCUUGAGAAAUAGCUGUAUGUUGUUGAGCUCAUCUGAAGUUGUGGUGCAGCCCUCUCUUCCGGUACAAUUUUUGCAGUUUAUUGUGGCCAUGUUGGUCACGGAUGCAUGGCAGUACUUUGUGCACCGUUACAUGCACCAAAACAAGUUUCUCUAUCGACAUAUUCACUCGCAACAUCACAAGGUGGUCGUGCCUUAUGCAUUUGGGGCCUUUUAUAGCCACCCAUUAGAGGGUCUUUUCCUCGAUACAUUUCGCGGUGUUGUCUCGUUCUUGAUUUCAGGCAUGACAUCACGGACGUCUGUGUUCUUCUUUUCUUUUACUAUGAUGAAAGCUAUCGACGAUCAUUCCGGGCUUUGGCUGCCUGGUUAUAACCUCUUCCAACUUGUGUUCCCCAACAACUCUGCUUACCAUGAUAUCCAUCAUUAUGGACUAAGAGGAGUGAAGUAUAAUUAUUCACAACCAUUUUUCAUAUUUUGGGAUAAAUUGCUCGGGACACACAUGCCUUACACUCUUGUGAAGCGACCUGAGGGAGGAUUCGAAGUAAGGCCAGGUAAAUUAUAG